AUGACUCGAACCAAGACUAAGAAAUUGACGAUGGCUAUGAGAAAGACGAACAUGGAGAAGCGUACAGUUGAGCCAGAGAUUGUUACAGUGAGAACGUUUGUAGCGGAACGAACAUCCGACAUCGCAAUGGAUGAGGCGCUGAUCCAGAAGCCUACGUACGAGAUCGCCGUGCAGGAGACGCCAAUCCUAAAGCCUACGAAACAAGUUAUUGUGGAGGGAACACAUAUUGCGCCCGAGGACGAAAUGUUGAUCGAGAAGCCUGAAGAAAGACCAUUCACGAGCUGCGAUUCAACGCGAGAACAAUUUCAAGUUUCCGGCUCUGGUUCUGAGAAACAGUGGUAUCUUUCCGAUCUGAACGUGGAGACGGGUCACACCCUCGCCCACUAUCUACACACUGGAGUCUACGAAACAAUUGACACUCAAGUUGACUCUUCAACGUUUGCAAAGAUGAAGCAAGCUCUUUCCGUGUACUUCGUGAGUACGGAUUAUGGCCUUCCUGGCCUGCAACGUCUAACAAUGUGCGAGAUGAAAGAGAAGGCUGUUGAGAUGAAUUUCAUUCAGUUUCUUCGAGUGCUCAAGGACGACAUCGAUAGACUUGAUCCUGGAAACUGGGUGCUCGAGUGCUUGCACCAGAAGGCCAAAGCUGCAUUCGCAGAAGACCAUACCGUCUUCAAGAGCGAGGCUUUCUUGGAAAACCUGGAAUAUCCAGGUGUGAACAGAUUCAUGAUGAAGUGUGUGACGGAACUUUACGACAACAUGGUUUCAGACUUGCUCAGACGGGAGAACAGGAUGUCGGCGAGCCUCGACGAUUGCCAUGAAACUCUUCGGGUAUUGUCUGAAAAGAAAGACGUAUUCGAGCAGGGAAUUCUUACUCAGCAAGAUUUCGUCACGCCAUUUGCCGGCGAACCCACUUGUUGCGGAAACGAAACUUUCCAGGAAGACCUUGUGUCUAACGAGGAUUUCUGUACCAUCAGCUGCCCGCCAUCAGAGUGUCCCAACGAUCUCGUGGAAUUUCGAAGAGAACUCACGAAGAGUUUCGCCGAUACCACAAAGCAUUCCAAAGACGCUGAUCUAGCUGGAUCUGUAUCUCAUGAUAAAACCUCGAAAGAUGGCGGAAAAUCAGUGGGAAGCCACCUCGCCGCCAAGUUCGAGCCAUUGAGAAACACCAUCCCGCCUCAAUCAAAGAUGACUGACAAGAAGGAAUCCAAGAAACAGAAGAAAUUGCGCAAAAGAGAAGAGCUAAAGGACAUGAUAGCUUUUUGGGAGAUGACAAGAGAACAACGCUGUAGCAAGGCUGAAGGCGUAGAUGUUGCCCCCGAGCCUGUAGAAUACUCCGAUCACAACAGAGUCGAGUCAGGCCUUAGCUGGCACUCUGGAAACAGCAAAACUCCCGAGCGAGUGGAACCACGUAUCUCGGUGUUGCGGGCCAGGCUUGCAGCCAUACUUGACGACAUCGAAUCUUCACAGCCGUCCCUGGACAUCUAG